AGGAAAAGGCAGCAGACUAAUUUCUUGUCUCAUGGAAAUACAAAUUUGGCCUUCUUCUCCAGCUGUAGUUGAAACUCAAUAAUUGACAGUUACCUAUUUGCAAUCUCUGAGUUUGGACGACAUGAAUCCCCCACCGCAAAAGACGCAGCUCAUUAUAGUAGGUUGACACCCUUUUUUGACUGAUUGGGAAUGCGAUCAUUCUACUCUGUUUUCAAUUUCGAUCGCGCACUUCCAAAUGCAUAAAAGAUAAUUAAAGUAGGAAAAAGAGGAGCUGCAGCUGCUCAAUCAAAGUGGUGACUCACAGCUUUCGCUUUAAAUUUUUGAAUUAUUUUGGUCGGAACCGAGCCAGCACUCUCGAAUAUAUAUUCCCCACAAUCAUGUCAAACCAAAAGUUGAAUUUGGACGCGGAAAUGGAAGGAGAGCAAGGGAAGGUGAGGAAGCGAGGAUUGUCAUCGUCGUCGUCUACAUCGGCGCAGAAUUACAGGUUGAAGCGCACCUUUUUGAUGGGGAAAAGGAGGGGAUCCACCACCCCGGUUCCGACCUGGAAAAUGAUCGCCUCUCAAUCUCAAUCCCUGCAAAAUCACCGCUGCUCUCUGUUUGGGGGAAAUGCCAAAGAUUUAUCGGUGUCGGCGCGAGCACUCGCCGCCUUUCUCUGGGAGAUCGAUGGGGCACCUAUUUUGGAGGAUAAGAGAAUUGCAAAACACACGAUUUUGGAUCCAUCUCUAAACAAUGUCUCUGAGAUGAUAUUGGAUCCAGACAAACUGUGUAGCGGUAGAAGAAGACAAUCAGCUGGUUGCCGAAAGCCACUGCGACCUAGUAGUAAUCUGAGAAGUUCUACUUCCAUUGCACAGGUUGAUGGGAUGCAAAAUCAUGUCCAUGGACUGAGAGAUAAUCUCAAGGAUGUAUACAAUGGUCUGAUUGCUUCUAAGCAGCUGCUUGAGGUAUUGAGUCGCGUUGGGGGUCUUGAGCAGCCCGAGUGUAUAAGCUCAACGCUCGUCUCAGCUCUGGGGGUUGAACUUGAGCGCUCGUGUAAUCGAGUGAGUAAGCUAAUCCAAGGACAGAAGAAGACAGAGAAGAGUGAGAUGGAUGAUGUGAUGAUGAAGCAGACCAAACAUGGCAUUCACCGUGCUGUUCCAUCCACUGUUGUAGAGCUCGAGAUGGAGAAGAAACUGAGGCGAAGAAUUGAGAAACUGAACAGGAAAACUGAGGCAGAACUAGCAGAGACAAGGGCAGCUCUUGCAAGGGCGGUCAAGGAGCUUGAGAGCGAGAAGAAGGCACGAAGAAAGGUGGAGCAAGUGUGUGAGGAGUUGGCACGAGGCGUGUGGGAACUCAAGAGGCAAUUUGCCAAAGUCCGGGAAGAAGUGGAGAAAGAGAGGGAGAUGUUCCAUUUAGCUGAUCUACUACGCGAAGAGAGGCUGCAGAUGAAGCUCUCUGACGCUAAGUGUCUGUACGAAGAGAAGAAUGCACUUGUUGACAAGUUGAGGAAUGAGGUUGAGGCCUAUUUGGAAGGCACAAAGUGUGGCCGAAAAGGGGAUGACUCUCCUAGACACAACAGAAGAAACGAGCUCGAGAGAAUCUUGAAGGAGACGUUUCAGGGCUUACAACGAAACCAGGGUAAAGAAAAUGAAGAAGGUGCAGCUGUGAAUCAAGAUGAAGAGGAAUCAGAUGAUAGUGAUCUCCACUCCAUUGAAUUAAGCAUUGAAGAAAUCAGCAAGAGCUUUAUGUGGCGUGAUGCUGUCGAUAACGGAUCAAAACGGAACUGCGUUGAUACAAGUAAAGGGAGAAUACCCAAGAAGCAACCAUUCAUUCAGAGCCAAAAACUGCAGAUGCCAUUGUUAUCAUAAUGCAGCAGAAAAUGAGCAAGAAAUUCAAGAAUUCAUUGCUAUUAUAAGAAUUGAGGAUGAAUUUGGAAGAUUGACGAAGUGAGAAAUGGAGUUGUUUCUGUUUCCAGAGAAGUGUAUCAAGCAAGUAUUCUUCCAUUUCAUUUUUCAUGCCGCAGAAUUUUUCUGAUUGGCUGCUAAAUUUUUUUUGGAUUGCUGCUACAGUUCAGGAACUGGCAAAUGAGUUCAUAUUUUCUUCUUUGCAGAAAUUAAUUGUAAAUCAAGCUACAUUUC